GCUCCAACCUCUCAGCUGCUCGCAGUCUCUCCGGUCUUUUAACGAGACAGGCUGACUGCCUUGGAACCUUUUCUAGUUUCCUCCCUCUCUCUUCUAUCCCCCCUCCCCCAAGAAAGAUGUCCUAACUCGGGGAGAAGACGAACCUCUGCUGGCCAGAGAGUGUCUCAAGUGCCGGGGGGGGCCUCCUACCAGCUCUUUGGCUUAGAUGGGAGCUGCCAGCUGACCGACAGACAGACUGCCCGUCCCCGGACCUUUCACCCAAGAUGGCUACCCGUGACCUCUUCCUCGUGCUCCUCUGCCCAAUGAGGCUUGUGAGUGCUGCGUUACCAUGGUGAUCAUCUUCUCCAAAAGCCUGGAAAAGAAGAAGGGUGUCAAUGAUGUAAGGGCCAAGAGCAGCGAACGACGGCCGCGUGAGCGCCACACCAUGAGCAGAGGGACGACCCUCUUCUCUUGUGGAACUGCUGAGGCAGACAGAUGGCUGAACCCAGGACGAAGCUUUCAGUCAGGUGCCAGUCUGGAGAGCCUGUGGGAUGCCGUGCCCGAGCCGGGCGGCCGCCCCUGGCCCAAUGAACCUGGCGCCGCCACAGCCAUCACCAGCCUGAUCAGAGAUCUUAGCCUGGGUGAUGCCGCCUUGACCAAAGCCCGUCCCUCCGCCCCCGCCGCUUUGCACUACACCACUGUCGCCACGGGCCAAGCGCCCACGGCGCCCCCCAGCAAGCGCCAGUGCCGCUCUCUGUCCUUGUCGGAUGAAUUCGGCGGCUUUCGCUCGUCGUGGAGGCCUCAGGGCUCCCGAGUGUGGACGUCGGUGGAGAAGCGAAGGUGCUACAGCGGGGGGAGCGUCCGCGCCGGCGGGGGGUUCUCCGCCGCUCACUGCUCAGCCAUGCAGCGAAGCUCCAGCUUCAGUUUUCCUUCUCACGCCACCAUCCCCACUGACGGACCUUUAGACCUGCCCUUCUUCAGCCAGCGACUGCCGACCCACCCUCACUUCACUGCCUGCCCCGUGUCUCCCACCACUCCUUCCUCACGAGCCCCCCAGUCCUACCGCGGCCCCCUUCUCCGUCCUCUCUCCCUCUCCCACGAGCAGAUCAGCUUGCCCGAACUCCAGAGGGAAGAAGCUUCGGAGGCCAGCUCGCCGGAUUCCACCCCGGAAAUGGGACGGCGGUCCGGCCAGAGGGGAGACGGGAAAGGCUGCCUGUCUCGGAGCAGGUCGCAGCCCUGCGUGCUCAACGACAAAAAGAUCGGGAUGAAGCGGCGGAGACCCGAGGACGCCCAGGAGCAGAGGCCCUCUCUGGACCUGGCAAAGAUGACUCAGCAACUCCAGACUUUCCAGAGCUUGAGUUGCCCCGGCUUCUCCUUCUUCGAUAAUUGCCAAUCCAGCCUGCCCCCGUCGAGCCAACGGCAAUCGGAAUUCACCGCCGUUUCCGAGCUGGGACUGGAACCGCGGCAGGAGGCGACGAAGGACGGCGAAGAUUCGUCCGAAGAGGAACUAGACAGCGAUUCGGCGUGUAGCGUGGGCUCGAGAUCCGGCUCGCCCCGGGGUCAAGUCGCCCUCUGGGAGGGCGACCGCGAUUCAACCAGGGACAUUUUCCAACUCGGGGGAGAGCUGGACCUCGAGCAGAUUGAGAGGAACUGAAGCAGAUCUUCGGGACGACGACGAGCGGAAGGCUUAAAGAACGUCUCGACUCGGUUGAAAGGUAAAGACGGACAAAAGAUGCGGAGGACUCGUUUGUCUUGAACAUUUGGACUAUUUUGGAACUCAGGAGUGUGAAAAUGAGGGGUUAGUAGUCUUAAAAAAAAAAAAAAAAAAUGGAUCCACCACUGUCUUCCCAUCUGGUGAGCUUUCUGGCUUAGCAUCUUUUUCCUGAAACUCCAAAAUGGACGCAGGGACGACGACGUGUGCAACGACACACGCAACUCUGACUUUGCUGAAUGUAGGCUCAAUAAGCUUUAAGACACGGGCUGCGUUUACAUGGACGCUCACAUUUUGAUAACCGACCUAUUAUGGAUCCGAUUGGUAGCACAGAGAAGUUGGAUGGUUCUGGCCGUCCAUGUAAACAGCCACGGACUUCCUUCACCUCAGUCCCCAUUUUGUAGUUUCUUUGUAUGCAAAUUGUAUAUUUGAAUUCAACUCUUAAAUGAUUAGUUCUGAUAUCAAUGUUUAUUUUUCUAUUUCUCCGUUCUUUUUUUAAAAUGGAGCUGUACGGAAUGAAGAGUGAGAGCGUGAGGAGGGGAGGUUCUCGAACGUGGAAAUAAAUCUCCAUUCGCCAAC